AGGAAGCAUGGGACAGGGCACAUACAGUUCUUACAAUUCUCCCACACUCAGUGAAAACAGAGACAGCUAAGAAACCACUCAGGAAAUUAGCCAACGUGUUAGGGCAGGUAGAAAAGUAAAGAAAAUGCUCUUUUGGGCCCAUUUCUCAUUUAAGGGAAGAACCUGGUGAUUAAACAUCUGGAGAUUUCACAGCACAGAGGCACUAGAGAAGUCCGAGUGCUGUGGGUCCGAUUACCAGCGGAACACCUGUGGAUCACGGUGUACAUUAAUCACUUUACUACAGCUCACAGGAGAAAUUCAACGUGAACCAGACCACUGUUAUCUGUUUACACAUACGUGGGUAUCACACUAUACAGAAGUGUGAAUUGGAUCAUACGUUGUCGCGGAGCGUGAAACCCAUAUCACGAAGGGAUCGAUACCACACAGACAGUUACUACCGCCUCCUGUCCCGGACUCUCAUUCCAGCUCAGGGCGGUGUCUCACAUGGAAGUGGUUUGUGAAAUAACUGUCUCCGGUUAGAGACAGGAGGAGUCUCGAUAACCCCUAACUAUUGCCGACAAUUGCUGCGGCCAAUGGCGUACACAUACAGCAGCUCCCCCGCGGGGCCGGUGGGGUCUCAGUACUGUGUCUGCAGAGUGGAACUUUCUGUUUGCUGUCAAAACCUUUUAGAUCGAGAUGUGGCCUCCAAGUCUGACCCAUUUUGUGUUUUAUUUUUGGAAGUAAAUGGAAAAUGGACUGAGAUUGACAGAACAGAAACCACAGUGAACAAUCUAAAUCCAGUGUUUGCUAAGAAAUUCACUAUCAACUACCAUUUUGAAGAGGUGCAGAAAUUAAAAUUUUCUAUAUUUGACCAAGACAAAUCAAGCACACAGUUAUAUGAGCAUGAUUUUCUGGGGGAGUUUCCAUGCACACUCGGAAUGAUUGUUUCCAGCAAGAAGAUAACGCGCCCUCUGAUUUUAGGGAAUGGAAAACCAGCGGGGAAGGGCGUCAUUACGGUCAUUGCCCAAGAAUUAUCUGAUAACAGAGUCAUAACACUCUACAUGGCAGGGAGAAAGCUGGAUAAAAAGGACCUCUUUGGGAAGUCAGAUCCUUUUCUAGAAUUUUAUAAACAAGGGGAUGAUGGGAAGUGGAUGCUGAUUCACAGGACAGAGAUAACGUGUUUUGAUUACGACAAUGACGGAGGACAUGAUUUUAUUGGAGAAUUUCAGACAACGGUGAUCAAAAUGUGUGAAGCUCGGGAUUCUAUAGCUGUAGAAUUUGACUGCAUCAAUCCUAAAAAACAGAAGAAAAAAAGAAACUAUAAAAACUCUGGGCUUAUUAUUAUAAAGUCCUGUAAGAUUACAAGAGAUUACUCGUUUCUUGACUACAUAUUGGGAGGAUGUCAGUUAAUGUUUACAGUUGGAAUAGACUUUACAGCUUCGAAUGGUAACCCAAGAGAUGCAUCAUCUUUACAUUAUAUUAACCCAUCGGGAACAAAUGAGUACCUAUCUGCCCUUUGGUCAGUUGGACAAAUUAUUCAAGAUUAUGAUUCCGAUAAGUUGUUUCCUGCCUUGGGAUUUGGUGCACAGUUACCACCUGAGUGGAAGGUAUCUCAUGAAUUUGCCAUUAAUUUCAACCCAUCAAGUCCCUUCUGUUCAGGAGUGGAAGGCAUUAUAGACGCAUAUUCAGCCUGUUUGCCACAAAUCCGUUUUUAUGGACCAACAAAUUUUUCUCCAAUAAUUAAUCAUGUUGCGAGAUUUGCAGCACAAGCAACGCAACAGGAUUCAGCAGCUCAAUAUUUUAUCCUUCUGAUUAUAACAGACGGAGUUAUAAGUGAUAUGGAUGAGACGAGACACGCCAUAGUGCAGGCAUCCAAGCUGCCUAUGUCAAUCAUUAUUAUUGGUGUUGGCAACGCUGACUUUUCAGCAAUGGAGUUCCUGGAUGGUGAUAAUCGUGUGCUGAGGUCUUACACUGGAGAAGAGGCAUCAAGGGACAUUGUACAAUUUGUGCCAUUUCGUGAUUUUCGGAAUGCACCUAAAGAAACUCUGGCUAAAGCAGUCUUGGCAGAACUUCCACAGCAAGUGGUUGAUUACUUCAAAAGUCAUAACCUGCCUCCCAUUAAGUCUGAGGGGGUAUAGCUGUCUAUUUUCCAUUGCCCAGGCAACAACUUUGUACAUCCCCAUGAUGAAUAAAUUAAGGAAGCACCAAUGGCUCUCAACAGUAUUUAAAAGUUUAUUGUAUAUUGCCAGUAUCUUGUUGAGAGCAGAAGAAGGCCGCAUUGAUGAUUUUUGAAGUAUUUAAGUCAAUGUUUACCUAAUCUACAGUGUCAAAUGCAAACUAACUCUACAUUGAGACAUCUGUCUUAUCUUCAAUACAUUUCAUUUUUUUAAGUUUGCUCAGCUCCUGUUUUUAUACAAAUGCUCUUAGCUUGUCAUACCUCUCGUCCAACAUUUCUAAAAUUCUUCCCAGGACUGGGGAAUAUGAGAACAGGGACUCAGUUACUCCACUCUGGAGUUGUGUCACUGAUUUGGGUUGGGUUUAGGCAAAAAAAGGGAUAAUGGGAGGGAAGCUUUCUUUAAUGAUUCAAAUAAAACAUGUAAUUUUAAACAACUUCCCAAUGUAUUUAUAUUUAUAUUUUUUGUUCUUUUGGUAUCCUUUGUUGAAAAAGGAUACCUGUAUAAGUGAUGGGGCAGCUGAUUGGUGGCUGUACAUAUAUGCCUCAGUUUAUUGGUUCACCAGGUAAGUUCAGGUAGCUCAAAUUAGUGCAUUUCUGCUUAUUCAACAAAGGAUACUAAGAGAAUGAAGCAAAUUAGAUAACAGAAGUAAAUUAGAAAGUUGCUUUCAAUUGUAUGUUCAAUCUAAAUCAUAAUAUAAAAAAAAUGUGGGUUUCAUGUAUCUUUUAAUGUUGGUGAGAAGUGUUUUUAUCACUUAAAAUAUUUUUUUGACCGAAGUGUCUGACACUAAAUAAUCAUUCUGAUUAGGAGCAGUUGAAUGAGUUCAGUUAACAACAGGUUUUGCCGUCAAGCAGUGCUGCACGUCCCAAACAAUAUGUUCAUUUCAUCUCUGGAACCAGAAAAACCCAGUUAAAAUAUUUAAAUAUAAUUAACAAAAUGUAUUAUUUUUUUUUUUUUUUAUUUUUUAUUUUUUUUUUUAAAUAUUUUUAUUGAGGCAAUCAAAACAAUCACAAAACCAUUGCACAUUGAAGGGCAACAUCUCAAUUACAAUAAUGCAGGAAACAUUUAGUACAUAUUUCAAAAUGCCAGUUAAUAAGAAAUUCGGUAUGCCUAGUCAGGUCAAAACAUUACCCUUCAUUCUUACGGCUCAUUUUAUUACUUAGUCUGCUUAGUGUCUGCGAUGCAACAAAGAUCCUUCAAGGGAUCUGAAAACAGGGUAUAGCUGGAGACACAGCAUUAAAUCUUAAAGAAACAAUUAUAUCUCAUACAGCAUUCAGGGAACUGCAUGGGUAAUUAUAUCUUGAUUAAACAUAAACAUAUACAAGUCAGUAAAGGAAUCAGUUUCAGGUUAAGCCACAUCAAAAGCACCAGAGCCAGUCUUAUUUUGAAAGCAUCUUUUUGGAUAAAGGCUAAAUGUGAUAAGAAUACAAUGACUAACAAACUAUAUGCAGAAAAGAAUAUUGAUGUAGAUACAACUAUAUAGAUCUUGUUAAGAUCCAAAGAGCUCUUAAAACUCUCUGGACAGGGCAGAGACUACGAAACUCUGCCAAAACUGGGAUGGAGGAGGAAACAGGGGAGAAAUCGCUUGCUCAUUACUGCACUAAAACUAAGAAUGUGUAUAUUUGCAACUUCAAAGGAGUUUGGGUGAGUGGGCUAGGGCAGAUACGCUGAAAACUUCUUCAGAUAUGACAUGCCAGUGUGUUAUAGAAAAGUUCCGCAAGAACAGAAGGGAUGACUCUCUCAUAAUAUCAACAGAUAGGUACGUAUAGUAGCCAGCGCAUGCUUCAAGAGAAGCAGCAUAGGGGUUAGCUUAUUAGUCUCUCAUACCUUUAUAAAUAUCCUUUUGCUGUCCCCCAGAAAGAGAGAUACACAGGCCCAAAAAACUUCUGGGCCAGUCUAUUGUGAGUCGCUAUUUACACCAGGGACUACCACUAUUGAUAUGCGCCUACGUAGGAAUAUGUAAGAAGGCAUGCUGGCGGUCACGAGAGAGCUAGUCAACCCAAGUGUAUGGUUCAAGUAUAGGAGAAAAAGAGUCCAUCCCCCUAUGCCAGUAAUAUGGUAUUAAUAGCUAGCCCUGGGCACAUGUAAAAGAUCCAGGCAUCCCCUACCACCUAUUAUUAAUGUGAUUACUUUAUCUCGCUGGAGUUACAUAACAGGUUUAUAUGGGACCAUUUAUCCUUAGCCCUAUGAAUAUAUACAGUAAAUUAAAACUUCCCUAGGUCACACAGCAUAAUUCUGUAAUUGCAGACAUCGUAACUCUGAAUUGCCCACCUAUUAGCUUAAAAUUCUCAAACAUUUAAAAGGUCGCUGUGAGACAUGCAUUCAGCAGGGUAGGCUACAGAAAGAUAAUGUAGACGAAUUAUAACAUAUAUUGCCUGUGUAAGGAGGAUAAUCACAAUAGGUUAUGCAAAUAUGAUCACUAAGCACAGCAAGGAUGGGGAGAACAAACACAUUAUGUAUAACCAUAAGAAAGUCUCUCUCGUGUGUAACAAUAAAUGGCAGAUUCCAUAGGCUGUUGGAGGGGGAACACGCCAUAGAUGUACAGAAUAGUUCUUUUGCCCAAGUCGCUAUACUUUAUCUUCAGAGGGAGUCAUUAUUGAGUUUAUAUAUGUAUCUCUGAGAGGACCGAUAAAACUAGUGCCCUGGGUCCCAAGGUGAAGUACUCCAGCUAACCCACUCCAGCACGCUUAGUUCCACAUACCAAAUUGCAGUAGAUGUGCUGCACUAGGCCCACCGGACAAGUCAUCCCCAAAAUCCAAGGCAAGAUAGGGCUGUACACGAGGGGGUCAGCUGUUAUCUCCUCCGCGACCCCGCCAAGUGUGAAUGUGCUGGAAUCCUGCAUGGGGACUAGAUGACAGGUAGAGCUCAAUCCACCUCCCUGCCCGAAGCCGACUUGCAAUAUCUCAGUCCAGGAUGAACCGGUCUGUAUCACGCUAGCAUUGCGCUUCAUCGCGGCAAGUCGGGCAUCAGUAGUGGGAGGCCCCAUAUUCGCUUGAGAGUUAGGUGCCGCGGGAUAGAGUUCAUCCUCAAUGCAGGGAGCGCCAUAUUGCAGGUUAUACCCGCUACUCCUUAGAUUCCCAGUGUUCGGCUCAGAAAGUGCGGGCAUGAGGAUCUGUGGACAAUCGGCCCCUGCGAUAUUACGGCAGCUGUCCGCCUGUGGGAGGCUGUUAAGCGAGUUGAAGCAGGGAGCAGUCUCUCCCGCCGUGAUGGGCAUAGUUUUCUCUUUGUCGUGGAUCGGAGCCCCAGCAAUUACCAAGAGCCGGUCAAACCGUUCACACAUCCGCUGCUCAUAAUAUGCAAAUAGGGCACGCACCCUUAGAUAUAAGCUCUCCUCCAUGUUUUUGUUAACCCGGUGUCCCGGGGGGGGUACUGAAAUCUCUCUCACGAGUAGCCGCUAAAAAGGUCUCAGUGGUCCGGUCUGGGAACUCCCAGAAACUUCAAAAUAAAAAUAUAUAUUAAAUCAGCAUGUCCACUGCUUCUUCAGGGAGCACAAUAUCAGGCUGGAUGGCUAUUCAAUAUCUAGGUUUCAGGCAAAAUAUAAGUCAUCUUUGUAGUGCUCCCAGAUAAGUGGCCAUCUUUGGGCUUGGUCCGGACACGCCCCCUGUAUUAUUUAUUUUGCCAGUCCCCUCAGCAAUGCGAGUGCAUCUUCCCAUAUACUUGUAUAGAAAGUGUUAUGCUGCACAGUGAUACCCAGGAACUGCUGAGCACAAGCUUGUUUAUGUGUAAUCUCUGGCUGAUCAUAACAUUGGAGACAAGGUAGAAAUUUAAAUGGGAAAAAAAAUCAGAGAUACUGCUAAAUUAUAGUCAUACAUGUUAUGCAAAAAAUAUACGUAAUCUGUAAACUGCACUAAAAGGGACAUGAAACCCAAAAUGCUUCUUUCACAAUUCAGAUGGAGCAUACAAUUUUAAACAACUUGGCAAGAGGCAUAUAUGUGCAGCCACCAAUCAGCCUCUAGCUCUCAAUAGUGCAUUGCUGAUCCUGACCGUACCUAGUUAUGCCUUUCAACAAAGGAGACCAAAGGACAAAGUAAGAUAAUAAAAGUUAAACUGCAUGCGCCAUCUGAAUGAAGAGUUUAAUUUUCACUUUCAUGUUCCCUUAAUGUCUAUAACCUCCAAAUGAGCAUUUUUAUGUAUGUAUGUAUGUGUGUGUGUGUGUAUACAGUGUGUGUGUAUAUAUAUAUAUAUAUAUAUAUAUAUAUAUAUAUAUAUAUAUAUAUAUAUAUAUAUAUAUAUAUAUAUAUAAACACACACACACAUACUGUAAAGUACAAUAUAGUGCACUCUUAUUGUGUGGGGGUGCAUGUAGUAUAAAGAUGAGAACACAUACAUACAUAUACACACUCAGUGGGCUUAAACAAAUGUUACAAUUAUACUGCGAUGUUUCAAGGCAAGAACUUUUUUAGACAAAGCGAUAGUACUUGCCUCAAAAUGUCACAAUACAUUAUUUUAAGUUGUAUUUGCCUGAUUGGUUAUUCUGUACCCUGGCAGUUGACUAUUUACCUGAGAUGAGUUUGCAUCAAUAGAUAGAUAUAGAUAACAAUAACUCCCAGUCUCAACUUACAAAACAUACUGUACCUAACGUCACAAUUUACAGCCACCGAACACCAGACGCCAUAAACCUGUUCCUCUCACACAAAUCUCUCUACAUACCCACAUAUGUGGACAAGAUUUAAUUAGGUACCACACUGAGAAAAACAAAAUAUAUGUUCUCUGAUGUUUCCACAGUGCGUAUUAACCUGAGACUCUUAAAAUAUAAGUAAACUAAAAAGUUGUUUAAAAUUGUAUGUUCUACCUAAAUUAUAAAAUAAAAAUUUGGGGUUUCAUGUCCCUUUAAGUGAUUACAUAUAACAAAUUAACGGUGAAUUAACUGAAAAAUACAAUUAAAGCAACAGUGGAGCCAAUCAAUAGAAAUCUAUUUUAGGAUGUUUUUGUAUUAAACAAUCUAUGUUCCAGGCUAGGAAUUACUCCAUAUGUACAAAUGAACGACUUGUCCUUUUUUUGGAAGCAAAGGCCAACCUAUUCCUCUAUAAAUAGUUUGUUAUGACAACACCCUGUUUAUAAACCACAUACUUACAUUAGUGGCAUUUUAUAGUUUACUGGAAGUUUCAUAAUGAUUAUAUUUAGCACUGCCAAUAAGCAGAUAACUGUACAAAUAUUAUUUCAGGUGCCAUAUAACUAGCACUAAAAUCUGACCUAUGCUUUCCUGCUGUCAUUUUUAUACUGCUCCUUUUACUCAGUAAAGUGCUCCUUUUUUAUAUGGCAUAGAAAACACCAGCAAUGUAUAUGAUGCCUUAGAAAUAUCACAUUUUAAAUUCAUUGAUAUUGACAUGAAAAAAUAGUGAUCUUAAACAGACAUCUAUUAACCAAUGUGCUUUGUUCUCUUGAUAUUCUUUGUUGAAGAGUAAAUCUAAGGAGGCUCAUAGCAGCUCAGGAGCGUGCACGUGUCUAUGGCAGCAGUGUUUGCAACUAUGUAUAGCAUUACUAUAAAGAAUGCCUAAAGAUAUGUGAAUGGUCCUGAGCUCACCUAGGGUUACCCUUUAAGAAAAGAUACCAAGACAGCUAAGCGAAAUUAUAAAUAAUAGUAGUAAUUUGGAAAGUUGUUUAAAACUGCAUGAUCUAUCCAAUCCAUUUACUUUAUUUAAAGUCAUAUUUUUACUUUUGCAUCAGUAAUUAUUUAUUGCAUUUAAAAUUAAAUGUUUUAAAAACAUCUACAGCUGUCAUUUUUCAGCCAAUCACAGUGCAGCAUGUCGGAGUGUUAGUGUUGUCCAUUUCACAGAAUACACUCCAGGCCCUCAUUGGGAGGAGUGGAAUCACUACAGUGAAAGCAAGCAAAAUAAAUAAUAAAAAUGCUGCAAAAUAUUUUAAUUAUUCAUAAUAAACAUUUUAUAGGGAAUGAAUUUAGGAUUUUACUGUCCCUUUAAAUCUGAAAAAUAUUUUAAACAAAGCAGUACUCUGGCGGGUGUCGGGUAGAUAAUCAGAGGAUUCAUUAGCAGAGCUACAGAAUUAUUGAGAUGGAGUAAGUUAUGUUGUAUUGCUCUUAAGCAAACAUUAUGCAAACAUUGUAGAGAGGAUUCAAAUCUGCCUUUUCUAUACCUUAUGCAUGCCUGCAAGAAAGUAUUGUGUCCCUUUGAACAUAUCCCAUACAACAUUGUAAUACUCUAGUCUAUAGUAAAUAGUUUAAAUAUAUGUGCACAUUUUAGAAAUAUUUAACCUUAACCAAUGUAACAAUUUCCUUUGGGUAAGUAGCUUCCUCUAUGCCAGUAGUAGGAGUGACAAUCUGAAUAGUUAGAUUAUUAUUUAUUUUUGGAUCUGUGAUCUCAGGAAUCUGAGUGAAACCAAAAGCCAUUAUGUUUAUCCUGAUAAGACAAUCAUUACUGCAAAGAGCUCCAACAUAUUUUUUAUUUCACAUAUCCUGACCCUCAGUGUUUCUCUUUUAAAUAGUUCAUUAGAUUUCUCAUUAUUCUAUACGGUUAUACUUUAAUUGUUGCCUUCAUGUGUAAGUUUAAACCAUAUAGAAGUUGUUUUAUUACUUCAGCAGCACCUACAUGAAAUUGUAGGCUAUAGAGUAGACGAUUAAAAUACAAAUUUGGUUUUAUUUUAAAGUUGUUCUGGUUUGUGAUUUGAACCAACAUCCCUCCCUGAAAACUACCAUAGCUCAUCCACCUACAGAUAAAUGAAAUGUUCUUUUACUCCACUACCAAGUUAUAGUUUAGGGGAAAAUGCAUUAUUUGCAGAAUGAAUGCCAAAUCAUUUUUCAAUAGAAAGUAGUUUAAUUCUUGACUGAUUUUAUGUUAAUGUACUUAGGUUUAAAGGGAAACCCAAAUGUUUUCUUUCAUAAUUCAGACAGAGCAUGCAAAUUUAAGCAACUUUCUAAUUUACUAUUUAUUUUCUUUGUUCUCUUGGAAUCUUUAUUUGAAAAAAGCAAGAAUGUAAGCUUAUGAGCCGGUCCUUUUUUUUAAAAAAAAACACCUGGGUAGCACUUGCUGAUUGGUUGCUACAUUUAGCCACCAAUCAGCAAGCGCUACCCAGCUGCUGAACCAAAAAUGCCCCAGCUCCUAAGUUUACAUUACUGCUUUUUUUCAAAUAAAGAUACUAAGAGAACAAAUAAAAAUUAAUAAUAGGAGUAAAUUAGAAAGUUGUUUAAAAUGACAUGCUCUAUCUGUAUCAUGGAAGAAAAAAAUUGGGUUUCAUAUCCCUUUACAUUCUUUAGAAAUUAGCUGGACGUGUUCUGAGUUUUGCUUUAGAUAUGUACACAAAUCAGCCACACAGAGGUGACAAAUUAGUGUUAACUAAGUUCAAAACUCUCAUAUGUGCCUAUAUGAUUGUGACCAAUGUCUUUUUGCUUCUGCUUGGAUUUAUCCGAGUGUAAUGUGUUGAAAAUACUCAGGAAACCACAUCCUGUUUAAAAAAUAAAUAAAAACAACGGUUAAAUGUUACAUGUUUUCUUUUGUAACUUUAUCAACAAAUGGUCCUAUGUCACAUGUCACUACACCUUUUGUGUUACUAUAUGUGGGGAUUAUCAACCCUUUGUGUUAUAUGAUAAAGGAUUAUUCUUGUAAAUAUGUAUAUUUUGUAUAUAUCCUGCUUUCUUGUGUAGCGCCUAUGGCCCCUAUUUAACAAAGGUCUGUCGGACCUGAUCCGACAGUGCGGAUCAGGUCUGACAGACCUCGCUGAAUGCGGAGAACAAUACGCUAUCCGUAUUCAGCAUUGCACCCACAGCUCUUGUGAGCUGCCAGUGCAACCCCGCCCCCUGCAGAUUCGGGGAGGUGUCAAUCAUCCCGAUCGUACUCGAUCGGGUUGAAUUGCGGCAAUGUCUGUCCGCCUGCAGGCUCGCCAGAAACACGGGCCCUCAAGCUCCGUCCGGAACUUGAUAAAUGGGCCCCUAUGGCUCUAAUUAUUUAGGAUUGCAACAUCCAAAAAAAUAAAAUAAAUCUUACUGCAAAUCAGGGCAGCAAUUAAGAGAGUUACUGGUAGUUACUUGGGAUGUGUUUUAUUCGUCUAUUUCGGUAGCAAACGAGUACCGAACAUCCAGCUAUUUUCAGAGCCGAGUUUCUUCUUGUGAAAGUGCAACACACUAACAUCUGCAUUUGUUUCUGAAAUAGACAAAUGCACAUCCCUAGUGGCUACUCAAACAGUGAAGGGAUUAGAGCUCCUCCUAUUGGAGGCAAUUGCUUAUUUCUAAUACGUCAUCUCUUGUAUUUGCAGUCCUAAUUUUAAUUUCUUUUUUGUGGAGGCUUCUACAUUAAUGUAAUUGUUCAUUUGAUAUGUUGCAUGGUAUUUUGUAUAAUAAAUGCUAAAAAAUAAAAUAAAUGUGGUUACAUUUUA